AUGUGUGGAAUAUUGGCCAUUUUAAAUAUAAGAGGAACAGAGGUAGAAGUAAGGGCAAAAGCAUAUGAACUGUCAAGAAGAAUAAGACAUAGAGGUCCAGAUAGAUCUAAGAUUAUUGUUCUUGUAUUUAUAUUCUCAUAAAGUUCAGGAGGUAAGCCCAGGUGUGUAUCAUGUAAUUUCUCACGAAAGAUUGGGAUUAGUUGAUUUGAGUGACAAAGGCAGGUAACCCUUUUAAUUACUGGAUGAUGAAAACAUAAUCUUUAUGUAAAACGGUGAGCUAUAUGAUUACUGGGAUUUAAGACCAGAAUUAGAGAAGAAAUAUCGUUUUAGCAGUAAUUCUGAUACAGAGAUAGUGGGAAUGUUAUAUAAAGAAGUAUGAAUUGAAAAUAAGUAAUAGUAUGGGGCAGGCAACUUUUGGAACCACCUUAAUGGUAUGUUUGCCACAGUUCUAAUAGAUUUGAGCAAGAAAUCAUUUCAAGCAGGAAGAGAUCAUAUCGGAAUAAUUCCUUUAUAUUAUGGUUACGAUAAGGAUGGAUCACUAUUCUUGUCAUCAGAGUUGAAAGGAAUACAUGACUAAGUUAUUGAUGUUAAAUAGUUCCCUCCAGGUUAUAAAAUAUAAUAGUAUUUUAGGCCAUUAUAUUGAUGAGACAUAUGAGAUCAAGAGAUGGUACAAUCCAACUUGGCAUAACUUUGAUUACAUUCCAACAGGGGAAAUCAAUUUUGGAGAAUUGAGAGACAAAUUCGUGGAGGUUGUCAGAAGAGAAGUUCAAGGAGAUGCUCCAUUUGGAUUGUUUAUAUCAGGAGGGUAUUAUAAUUUAUCAUUAUUCUAAUAGUGUUGAUUCGUCAAUAGUGGCUGGAAUUGUCGCGAAAUUAAUAAAGAAAGGGGAAAUAGAUUUGAGCAAGAGAGGAAUGAGAAAAGUUCAUUCGUUUUGUAUCGGAUUGGAAGGGUCUCCAGAUUUACAUUAUGCUAAGAAGGUGGCAGAAUUUCAUGGCUUUGAACACCACUCAUUCACCUAUACAGUGGAUGAAGGAUUAGAUUAUAUUCCUGAAGUCAUAUAUCAUACAGAGACAUUCAAUAACACCACCAUUAGAGCAUCAACACCCAUGUAUAUGAUGUGUAGAAGAAUCAAAGCUUUGGGAAUCAAGAUAUGUUUAACAGGUGAAGGAAGUGAUGAAUUAUUUGGCGGAUAUUUAUAUUUCCACAAAGCACCUAACAGAGUAGAAUUUCAUUAAGAAUUAAUCAGAAAACUACAUGACUUACAUAAAUAUGAUCUCCUCAGAGCCAAUAAAGCUUGUUUGGCUUGGGGUAUUGAAACUAGACCUCCAUUUAUGAACAAAUAAUGGGUCGAGUAUGUUAUGCAGAUUGAUCCUAAAUACAAGAUGAUUAAUGCCUUUGAACCUCAAAUGGAAAAAUACAUUCUUAGAAAAGCAUUUGAGGAUUUAGAGCAUCCUUUUGUGCCAUAAGAAAUUUUAUGGAGAUAAAAGGAACAGUUUAGUGAUGGAGUUGGUUAUAGUUGGAGAGAUGGUAUCAUUAAGAGAGCCAAUCAAUUAAUCACUGAUUAAGAGUUUUCUUAAGCAUCCACCAAGUACCCAGUAUCCACUCCCAGAGAUAAGGAAUAAUAUUGGUUCAGACAAAUAUAUUCUUCCUACUUCCCAAGUGAAAGUUCUGUUUUGACUGUUCCAUACGCCAGAUCAAUAGCUUGUUCAACCGAAAAAGUAAUCUAUUGUUAAUAAUCUCUUAGGCUUUGGAAUGGGAUGAAGCUUUCAAAAAGAAUACAGACGAAUCGGGCAGAGCUGUAUUAGCUGUUCAUAAUGAUGCUAUUAAGGAACUCAUCUAACCAGAAGAGGACCGUUCAACUGAGGAUAUUUCCAAAGUACAAGAGCAUUUCUAAUUAUGA